AAUCUAGAACACUGUUUCUUAUGAACACGUGUCAGUCAAUGUGUGUAACAUUAAAAACACUUGGCAUGCGAUGAAGAUUCGGUGACUCCUACAAAUACACCCAUUAUUUGCCACCAAAACGUGUAGAGGAGAAGAAGAUGGAAGGAGAUGGAAGGGAAUGGAGCGGCUUGGCGAGGGAGAUGAUGGUGAACAUAUUGUCGAGGCUUACGUUGGAGGAGCGAUGGAAGGGUCCGAUGUUUGUCUGCAAAUCGUGGCUUCUGGCCUCCCGAGACCCCUUCCUCUUCUCCGUCUUUGAUUUGGAGCCAUUCUUCGGAUCCCACUCAUCAUCAUCAUCUCGCUUCUGGUCACCCGAUUUCGAGCGUAGAAUAGACUCCAUGAUCCGAUCGGUGGUGGAUUGGAGCAACGGUCGUCUCGCCGAGAUUCGCCUGCGCCACUGCACCGACGCCUCCAUCUCCUACGUCGCUGAUAGGUGUCCCGAUCUUCAGAUUCUGGCCACCAGAAGCUGUCCCAACAUCACGGACGCAUCCAUGUCGAAGAUCUCCUUUCGUUGCACAAAGCUUAAGGAGCUCGACAUCAGCUACUGUCACGAGAUCUCCCACCACACUCUGGUAGUGAUUGGCACCAACUGCCCUAAUCUCACCAUUCUGAAAAGAAAUCUUAUGAGCCUCUCAGAAACGGGCAGUGCCCCUGCAGAGUACUUGGGAACUUGUCCACAAGACGGAGACGUAGAGGCAGAAGCCAUAGGGGAACACAUGCCCAACCUCCACCAUUUAGAGAUUGAAUCCUCCAGACUAACCCUAAGGGGUCUCACUGCGAUAUGCGAGGGUUGUCGGAAGCUGGAGAAUGUGGAUUUGUCAGGGUGUGUCCAUCUCUCGAGCCGGGACAUUGAGAGCGCUGCGUCUAUUCUCAAGAACCUUAGAGAGAUGAAGAAACCAGAUGUGUAUAUCCCAAGGCAGGGGAUCGUUGCUGCGGCUCAGACAGAGAGGUACGGCCAUUGGAGGCUGUAUGACGAGAGGUUUGAUGUUCAAUCUCUCCGAUUCUAAAAUGUAAUAAUACGCAACAACAGCUCAUCCUCCCAUCAUAUGUAUUUGUGUGUGUUGUGUUGUGGUGUUGGUGGUUCUUUUUUACAAAAAGUAGAAAUUAUGCCUGA